AUGGCCCCAACUGUUCAGAAACAGCCGAACACCAAUCUCACGAUAUCUGAGUCCUCACAUCCUACCGAGAUAAAUCCUGUCUUAUUGGAUGAUACUACAUUUGAAAACCACCAGGAAUCUCUGGACCUCAACGCUCUACUACCUGAUACAUGGCCACCCUUUGAUUUGGAAAGUAUGCAAUUUACAGAGGAUACAAUAACAGAUGAGAAUUGGUCUUAUCCAACCAAAAUAACCGGGAGCUAUCUACCGUGGAAUGGAGAUAUAACACAACUUCUAGAGUGGGAACCAAUUCAACCUCUCCCGACCGGGUCUAUGACAACAUCCGACCAAUCUAUUUCAAAACAUCUCGAUCCCAUUCAACACAUUGAAAACAAAUCAAGUCCAUCCACAGAAAGCGGGCGAUCACAUUCCUCUUCUUCGGAAAUGAUACUCGACGGUUCCAACGAAGAUGAGCGUUUAAUGUCCGUAAACCUGGACCAGAGGCUUUACAGCCCCUCCCACCUCAUCUUCGGGCACACAUUCAAGGCCGGUCUGGGACAUCAAAUCCGGACUGAUCCAAAAAGUCUGUGCCAGGAGAUACUGGAGCAUCUGCGGGAAUAUCCCAGUCUUAUUCUCGACCGAGACUUCUGGUCCCCCUUCGUCCACCACAGAUUAUACCGCUGUUCUUUAGGCAAAAUGGCACCACCAAUGACAGAUGCCUUAGCCUGUAUAGGUGCCUAUGCAAGCACAGCAGGCUCAGAUUCUGGGUUUGUCGAUCGGAUGAUAUCCGAAGAGCGGGAAAAGCUUGUUCGGAAUUUCCACAGUUAUACCGAUACCCCGGAAUUCUGCCUGGCUGCUAUGCAUGCUGUAUGCAUCUAUCAGAUUAUGGGACUGUUCGGUAACAACUUCUUAUCAGCUGCCGUUAAGAAGCCAAUGCGUAGCAAAGGAAGCGAGGAGCGGCAACAGGAGUUUGAGAGAUCUGCCGAACUCUAUAGCUCAUUCUUGCUGAAGAUGACCCGACGACUAUCGAGUGUCUAUUCAAAGGCGCUCCAAAUCCACCACGAGGAUGAAAACGAUUGGAACCAAUGGAAAUUCAUGGAAUCUCUUCGUCGGAACUUCUUCUUCGUUCAUAUAAUAAACAUCCUGGAGUCGAAGACACAAAAGUUAAAUGAGAACUACUUUGAGCCCUUGAACGACAACAUGAUUCUCAGACUUCCACUUCCUGCCCCGGAACGAAUGUGGCGGGCAUGCAGUACCGAAGAGUGGAUGCUUGCGCGUGCACAAACACUAGGAUGUCCGAUUUCACCCAAGUCCCCUGAAAAUGGUGGAUCAACCCUCCGGACACUAGGGAAUGUCCUACAGGAAGUCCAGGCUGGAAAGGUGGAUGUCGCAUCGUUGUUGCCACUUACUCGCAUGAUCCUGGCCAGUGCUAUUAUUUCCCCGCCAGGGACUACAUCAUUAUAG